GCAACAGCAACAACAGCAACAACAACAGCAACAGCAACAACAACAGCAACAGCAGAUAAACAAUGCAGUUGAACAGUCACUACUGCAAGGCCAACCACCCGGUACGGUAAUCAAGUGUGUUACAGCGCAAGUAGUGCAUACUGAUCAGGGCCCACGGAUUGUACUACAAGGGUUGCAGGGUAGUGAUUUCACUCCUCAGCAGUCGGCCCUGGUCCAUCAGCAAGUUAAACAGCAACUGCUGCAAGCUCAAGAAUCCAACGGUCGCCAAGGGGUGAUUGGCCCAACAAAAAUAUACCUCGCUAUACAACCGGCGCAAAAUACACUCGUCACACCCUCUGCUCAGCCUCCACCUCUAGCACCAGUGCAGAUCAAGCAUGAUACGGCCACAACCUCGUUACAGAUAAAUCAACAGCAAGAAGCCGAUACGACGAGCUGCAUCGAAGCUGGCGAAGGUACCGGUAACGUUUCGGCGGCAGAAAUACCGGCCGUCACCACCGCCGUAGACGCUGGUGGAGCGGACACUAUCAUUCAGGGUACAAGUUGCAGUAGUAUGCCAGCGUCCUCGGUAAUGCUGCCGAAAAUAGUUGGCAGCCAACAGAAUGCCGGCGGUAUUAUCGAUGAUGGGAAACCGCGCAUUCUUUCGAACAUUAUCAUAAACGGGGCGAAUACCGGCAGUAUGAUUAAUCCGCUGGUGAAGAAAGAACUGAUCAUGAAGGUGAGCAACAAUUUGAACAAACAACAGCAACAACAGCUACAGCAACAGCAGCAGCAGCAGGAGACGAUGGCAAUGCAGUUAGCAACGUCACAACCAAGCAGUACAGAUCUAGCCGCUAGUGAUGGUGCUGUUGAUAAGGAUCAGGACACCGGUGGAGACGGCGUGGCGGCUCCCAACACGACGAAGGCAUCGGAAAAAGAUAACUCCUUCAUAGUAACGCCAGACUACAUCCAGGAGACGAUCAAAACUGCGCUGAAACAGGAAAAUUUGAAUCCAGAGAUAACGGAAAAGCUGCUGAAUCUGCAACGCUACCAGGAGAAACAGAUGAGACCGGAAGAUAGGCCGGAUCGUACCAUUGCCCUGCAGCACAACUAUAGCAACAUGUCGGGUGUACCGCGCGGAGAAUCCCAUGCACAUGGCGGCGGCAACCGUGUGCGAAAGCGCACGGUGCGUACCGAUGACGAUGACGAUGAGUGGCUGCUGGACACUCCGAAGCGUGCCCGUCCGUCAAGGGCGGGCGGUUCAGGAAUAGCUCAGCUUCAUUCACCCCACGGUGACGGUAGUCGAGAAAGGAAGCAUUCCAGUAACGAAACUCCGGGUACACCCGCCAAAAGACGAACGGCCGUUGCUGGACAGACGGUGGCCUCAACUGCUUUUACACCGCGCAAAUCUCCCACCACUACCACCAUCAGUGGUGGUGUUGCCGUGGGAGAGAUUUUGGUGGUUGGGGCACCUGGAAACAAAAAAUCAGACACACAUUCCCCAGCUACUUCACCUUCGACGCUCGGUAGAACUAGUAAGGGUACUGAAAAACGCAAAACAACACCUGUGGCAUCGCCACACACCACUACUACUGUCACCGCCAUUAACACUAACAUGGAUGCCACCGGCCCCCAACAAAUCGUGUCUCAUGCGGCGUCACAGCGUCAAAGCAAAUCGCAGGCACAAUUGAAUCGUCACAAGGAACAGUUAAAGAAAGUCAUUCUCAAGAAACGAUCUCAUCUCGAAAAGGAAUUGCAGGUUCAAAUACAAAAGGAACUCACCGUCGAGCUGCAGUCGGCCACUACUACUGCGGUUUCGGCCGUCCGGGCGGCGUCAGCUACUACGAGUGCGACAGUUUAUUCCGAACAACAGUCUCCGAAUGACGAGCAGCAGCAUCAGCAGCAGCAGCAGCAUCAUCAGCAACGGCAGCUACAAUCGUUUGAUAUGCCGCAGCAGCAGCUGUCGUCUAGUCGCCGUCAAACAGCGAUUGCUUCUGCUGGCAAAGCGCAGGACAAUGCAGGUGAUGACGGUGGUGCAGAUGUACUGCUGACGCCGCCCGGGGCCAGUGGCUCGAAGCAAGCGACGGAUAAGAGUUCCAUCACCAGUACCAGCACCAGGCGAAAAACGAUCGCAACCGGCACAUCAAACAGUACCUUAUCGAAGGACCAUGCAGCAGUAGGUUCCGGAAGAAAGAGCCAGAAACAUUCCACUCCUGCUGGAUCUAAAGGCCACCGGUCAUCAACUGUUGGUCGCGGUGCCGGAGGACAAACCCGGAAAGGUUCGAAGAGGAAUAACAAGAUGCACUGCAUCUGUCAAACGCCUUACGACAAAUCGAAAUUUUACGUUGGUUGUGAUUUGUGUAACAACUGGUUCCACGGUGAUUGCGUGGGGAUUAGUGAGGAAAAAUCCAAGGCCAUUACGGAGUACGUUUGCGAAGAGUGUAAACACGCGAGAGAAACGCAGGAGCUCUACUGUCUCUGUCGCCGACCGUACGACGAAACACAAUUUUAUAUUUGCUGUGAUAGGUGCCAGGACUGGUUCCAUGGGCGUUGUGUGGGCAUACUACAGAGUGAGGCGGAUUACAUCGACGAGUACAUCUGUCCGAACUGUCAGAUCAAUAAUUCGGUUAACUUUGCCAACAUGAAACCCCUCAGUACGAAGGAGUUUGAAAAUCUGAAGGAACUAAUCAUACAGAUCCAGCAACAUAAAAGCGCCGGGCCAUUCUUAAAGCCGGUGGACCAAAACCAGGCUCCCGAUUACUACCAUGUCAUAAAGGAACCGAUGGAUUUGCAGAAAAUCGAGAGCAAAAUAGAAAGCAGAAGCUACCAGAUGCUGUCGGAGUUUAUCGGGGACAUGACCAAGAUUUUCGAUAACUGCCGGUUCUACAACCCAAAGGAGUCGUCCUUCUUCCGUUGUGCCGAAAGUUUAGAGUCGUUUUUCGUUGCAAAAAUCAAAUUUUUCCGCGAAAAUUUGAUCGAUAAAAAGGAUGAAGGUGAUAAUGAUGGGGGAGGAGCUGCACAUCAUGCAGCAGAUGGUGAUGGUGCGAUGACGGCGAUGGCCACGACUAUUGGAUAGUUCCCACCGAUCCAAGGGCGGAACACCGCUGCAUCAAUCUUGUACAGUUAUUUGUGCAAAAUGUCCAACGUUACAGUGCACUAGAGAGAAUGGUCUGGGGACCGUUCAUGUUCGAAUGUUCCAUAAAAAGACCUUCUCAUUCCCAUAGGCUAUGACAGCGGGAUGAUAUGCCCCUGCGUUGGGAUGUUUUUAAAGUGUGUACUGUAUUGACAUACAUACACAAAAUUGUUUAUAUUAUCAGUUAGAUAUAUAUCUUUGGUAUUAGCUACCAAAAAAACAAAAAAGGAGAUAUGAUUGGUUAGGAAAUAGGAUUGUUACUAAAAUAAGUUUUAUUUAAAAUUAUCGUAUUUAUCUUUUAACGUUACAACAUUGAACAACGAAAAAUCCGUAUAACGCGGGAAAGGAGGCAGAAUUUGUAUGGGCAAAUUGUGCAACUCGCUAACUAUGAGGUCACAAAUUAAAGAUAUUUUAUUGGAAUAAGUCGUUUGCGAAAGAGUUGGAGAAAUACUGUCCUGCUAAGGAAAUACUGGAUUAGAAUGAUCAGAUGGGCGGAUUUGCAAUCAAGACAAGCAGGCAAGAAAUAGAGAAUGUGAAUUAACCGUUGAAUACCCUAUCUGCAGCAAUGGAACCAAUCACCGUCCUAACAAAGAAGCUGUCCGAACACAAACAACUGCACUGCUUCUGGAUGGUUCAUCGUAGUGUCACUAUGCUGGCGAUUAUUGAAGGACAAUCGAGAGAGGGGAUAUUUUUCGACUUUGACAACAAUUUAGUUUCAUCUAGCUCCGGAUGUAUUAGUUGUAUUUGCGCUAUCUUCUUUUUCUUUCUGGGUAAACAUCUAGUUUGUACAGGUUUGAACAGAAUAUUAUCAAUAAUCAGUGCUUUUUU